CAAGCAACAAUCACGGACAAGAACUACUCUGAUUUGAUUGAAAUUAUACAGCACCACCAAAUUAUAAUCAAGAUGGUCGAUUGCUGCAGACAAUUAUGGACUACUCAGUAUCGGUACUGAUUCUCACCAACGUGCUGGAUGUAUGCUUCUUAAUAUUCACCAUGUCAGAGCUGUUACAUAAUGAGAAGAGCUUACACGCCGUGCUGCAGACCAUACUUUCGCUCCCUUGUCUUUUGUGCGAAUCCGGAGCUUUCUGCAUGUUUGGGCAGAUGAUAAUAGAUCAGAGCGAGAACUUGGUCCAUGCGGGCUUCAGCUGUGAGUGGUUGGACGCAGACAUCUCCUUCAGGAAGCCGCUCCUCAAGUUCAUGUUGAUGGCGUCACACCCGCUGCAGAUCAAACUGGGCGGCACUGCCAAGCUGUCAAGGUCAACGUUCCUACAGGCUCUUAACGGUUCAUACACGCUUAUAAAUUUGUUGUAUCAUUCUCGUCGUCCUGAGGGAUAA